GGUUUAGCAAAAAUCUUUUUAUUUCACCGCCACUACACCGGUUCACCCCAUUUUAAUUUACCUGUCAUUUUUAUCGCUUAUAGUACCGGGAAAACAAAUUAAUAUUGUGUGUAAAAUAAAGUUUGAAAAGUUUGAUUUUUCCAAAUAAACAUGGCAAAUCGUCGCCAUAUUGGGCACAAUCGAUCAUUUUCUGGUAAUUCAAUGUCUGUAAAUCCUUGGCAGGGUGGUGUUCCACCAACAGUUAGCGGAAUUUCUCAAUUGACUGACACUCAAGCACAAUUAGCUUUGGCAUUAACAAAUCUGUUAAGACCACCAUCUUUACAGCAAAACCAACCACUCCCUUCACUUCUUAAUUUACCACAAAUAAAUCCAACAAGUUCAUAUGGCGAUUAUCAUCGCCACAACUAUGAUUAUGAUGAUCGUGAUCGUUACAUGAAUCGUUCAAAUAAUAUCCGACGUGGGCGUUUUAACGAUAAGAUACAAAAUCGUCCAUCCAGAGAUAGACGCCGCAAUGAUCAUCAUCGCAAGUCUGAUGGCCGUAGUAACAACGAUUCUAAAAAUAGUAAAGAAAGAUCAUUAUCAAAAACGAAAGAGUCUGAAUCAAAAACAGAUUCAGAAUCUAAAACCGACAAUCAAAGCGAAGAAUCUGAAGAUAAGAAACGUGAUUGGAAAGAAGAGAAAAAGAAUGGAACAAGUCAAGAGAAUGAAGACAAUGACGAAUCAAAAAAUACGGAAACCGAUUUGGACACAACAGCUGAAAAUAAUGACAAAAAUAAGACUGAUGAAUCUAAUGAUAAAUCCACGGAUGAUAAUAAAUCUAAAGAUACAAAAUCAGAAAAACGUAACAAAGAUGGUCGAUAUGCUGGUAUUCCUGUGGAAUAUUUAAAAUGUUUAGUAUGUGAAAAAAGUAUGUGGGAUGGUGAAUCAUUUGAAAAGCAUUUACGUGGACGUGCUCAUCAACAAAUGUUGGACAGUUUACGGGAUACUUAUGAUGUCCAAGCUGAUAUGAUGCGUCAAGCAAUUCGUUUAGCCGAAGAACGUAAAGCCAUUGAGUUAAAUCGUAAAAAACGGCAUGGUAAACGUGUGGAAUUCCGUAAAGUAUCACAUUGUAAUAUGUGUGCAUUUGAUUUUUAUGGCCGUGAAGCUGAACAUCGUCGUUCAUUAGGUCAUCAAAAGUUAAAACGAUUUUUACAUCCACGUUGUAAACGAUGUCAUGUUGAAUUCCCAAUUAAAAUCGAAUGGGAAGAACAUCGUUUAACACCGGAACAUAUUCGUAAACUUAUGGAAACAAAAGAAGAUAAUGAUGCUGCGUCAGUAGAUUUAGAUGAUUCCGAUGAUAUAUUUGAUAUAAAUUUAAAUGACGGCGAUUAUGAAGAAGAAGAUAAUGAUCCAGAAAACGUUAUAUUAGAUAUUGAUGAUAAUACAGACUUAUUAACAAAUUUCGAUAAUCGUAUACCCGUUUAUAAAAAGAGUCGUAAUGUUGCUUCCAGUCAAAUCGAACAAAUCACUGGACAUUUUUGUAAAUUAUGUAAUCAAUUUUUCCGUAAUGAAGCCAAGGCUCUAUCACAUGGUAAAUCAAAAUUACAUUUUGAUAAUUUUAUAAAAUAUCUUAAGAAUAAAAAUACUGAGAAAAUUAAGCAAAAUGAAAAAGAAGAACAAGCUAAAAAACGUAAUUUAGAAGAGGAGGGUGAUGAUAAUGUAGAAGAUGAAGAUGGUAAUUGGAAACGGCGUAAAGUUUCUGCUGAAGGUCAACCUGAAAGUGGUGAAAAACAAGAUAAGGAAUCAAAGAAAGAUGAUUUAUAUGAUCCAAUGGAGGCUGAAGAUGAGGAUGACGAUGAAGAUGAUGAUGUAAAAAAAAUUAUUGAAGAUAAAAAACCAAUUGAAGAAACAUCAGAAAUAAUUGAAACUAAUGCUGAAGCUAAUGAUACUAACAAAUCGGAAGUCACUGAAAUUGUUGAAGAAGAAACAAAAAAUGAAGAUGAUAAAAAAGAGGAAGCUGCACCAACCAAAAAUGAACACAAAACUGAAGAAAACACGCCCGCUCGAGCGACACGCAACACACGUGCUAGUGUAGGAGGUCGUCGCCCGGGUCCUUUAAGUAAGACCAGAGGAAAAAAGAAUUAAAUUACCUGGCAUUAAGAAUUUAAACUUAUAUUUUCCGAUUAUAUUUUUGUUAUAUUUCCCGAUUAAUAGCAAAUUGGCCGUUACGGUCGGGAAAGAAUGUUUAAAACAAUCUAUUAGCGUAGAUUAGUUACUUAAUAUAGUAAAUAAACCUAGUGUUUAGAUCAGUAGAGAGGUGCCACAUUUCAAUUUUUUACGUCCUUGCGAUUUGUAUUCGUGUCUGUGGGAGUUUCGAAAAAAAUCGCAUUUAAGGAAAAGUUUGAAAUGAUCAAGAUCCCCCUCCCAAUUGACACCUAGACGCUAGAUAUAUUAAAGCUUACUCUAUCGAAAAAAUGGCUUAUGUUUUAAAAUUUUAUUAUAAUUAUUGAAUAUCAAUUGUAUUAAUUAUUUCCUUAAACUUUAAAAUCAUUAUAUGUAGAUUAUAAUUUAUAACCGCAAGAAUUGGUUUGUAUUUAUAAUAAAUAAGCGCUGAGCACCGUAUAGCGUUUAUGGUAUUCU